AUGUCUUCAAAUUCUGAAUAUGGGAAAGAUUUUGAAAAUAAUGCUAAUCUUUCUGUGUACAAAGAAAUUCAGAAAGAUGAAAGGUCAUGUUCUGAAAGAGAGAAAACUUUUAAUGUGAUAUCAAGUGUUGCUGAAAAUAAGAGAAAUACUACAGGAGAGAAGCCAUAUUCACAUUCAGAAUGUGGGAACUGUUUUAGUCAGAAACCACAUCCUGUUGAACAUCAGAAAACUCAUACAGGAGAGAAGCCAUUUUCAUGUACGGAAUGUGGGAAAUGUUUUAGUAAGAAAUCAAUUCUUGAGGUACAUCAGAGAAUUCAUACCGGGGUUACACCAUUUUCAUGCCCUGAAUGUGGGAAAUAUUUUAAUGUGAAAUCAAAUCUUGUAGAACAUCAGAAAAUUCACAGCGGGGAGAAGCCAUUUGAAUGUCCUGAAUGUGAGAAAUGUUUUAGUGUGAAAUCAAAACUUGUGCGACAUCAGAAAACUCACACAGGAGAGAAGCCAUUUUCAUGUUCUGAAUGUGAGAAGUGUUUUAGUCAGAAAUCAACUCUUGUGCAACAUCAGAGAAUUCACACAGGAGAGAAGGGAUUCUCAUGUUCUGAAUGUGAGAAAUGUUUUAGUAUAAAAUCAUCUCUUGUGAAACAUCAGAGAAUUCACACAGGAGAGAAGGGAUUCUCAUGUUCUGAAUGUGAGAAGUGUUUUAGUAUAAAAUCAAAUCUUGUGCAACAUCAGAGAAUUCACACAGGAGAGAAGCCAUUUCCAUGUCCUUAUUGCAGGAAAUGUUUUAGUAUGAAAUCAAAUCUUGUGCAACAUCAGAGAAUUCACACAGGAGAGAAGCCAUUUUCAUGCCCUGAAUGUGGGAAAUAUUUUAAUGUGAAAUCAAAUCUUGUAGAACAUCAGAAAAUUCACAGCGGGGAGAAGCCAUUUGCAUGUCCUGAAUGUGAGAAAUGUUUUAGUAUGAAAUCAAAUCUUGUGCGACAUCAGAAAACUCACACAGGAGAGAAGCCAUUUUCAUGUUCUGAAUGUGAGAAGUGUUUUAGUAUAAAAUCAACUCUUGUGCAACAUCAGAGAAUUCACACAGGAGAGAAGGGAUUCUCAUGUUCUGAAUGUGAGAAGUGUUUUAGUAUAAAAUCAACUCUUGUGAAACAUCAGAGAAUUCACACAGGAGAGAAGGGAUUCUCAUGUUCUGAAUGUGAGAAGUGUUUUAGUAAGAAAUCAAAUCUUGUGCAACAUCAGAGAAUUCACACAGGAGAGAAGCCAUUUCCAUGUCCUUAUUGCAGGGCGUCAUUCAAAAGUAAACAUCAUCUUGAGAAUCAUCAGAGAAAUCACACAGGAGAGAAGCCAUUUUCAUGUCCAGAAUGUGAGAAAUGUUUUAGUAUGAAAUCAAAUCUUGUGCGACAUCAGAAAACUCACACAGGAGAGAAGCCAUUUUCAUGUUCUGAAUGUGAGAAGUGUUUUGGUUUAAAAUCAAUUCUUGUGCAACAUCAGAGAAUUCACACAGGAGAGAAGGGAUUUUCAUGUUCUGAAUGUGAGAAGUGUUUUAGUAAGAAAUCAAAUCUUGUGCAACAUCAGAGAAUUCACAGCGGGGAGAAGCCAUUUGCAUGUCCUGAAUGUGAGAAAUGUUUUACUGAUAAAUCAAGUCUUAUUAAACAUCAAAGAAUUCACACUGGAGAGAAGCCAUUUCCAUGUCCUGAAUGCAGGAUGUCAUUUAAACGUAAAGAUCAGUUUAAGAUUCAUCUUAAAAUUCACACAGGAGAGAAGCCAUUUUCAUGUUCUGAAUAG